GCUGUCAAGACUCAAGUGGCACUGGUGUGGCAAGCUUCGCAUUAUCACCUGGUUGCUUGGCUCAAGCGGAGGAGGCUGUUGAGGUCAGCCACGUUUAUCACCGAUGUAGUCAGCAGAGUCAUCAUUCUAUAUGGCAGAAGUUUCAGAAGGCAGAGACGUUGCGGAAAUUGAAGAGUCGAAAGGCCAAGAAGGAUACGAGUUGCUGUCCAAGCUUGGUGUUCCAGCAUCCUUGGGGGAGAGAAUGUUGUUACUGUCCCCAAAGCCUCAAGUUGAAGAAGAACUUCCGGAGGCAUUACGCGCUGAAGAGCAGAUGGAGUAUGACAAAACAAAGUAUGACUUCCGAAGCCACGUCGCGGCUCUCCUGCACUGGGCUGGGCCGAAGAUUGGCUUCGGAUGUUUUGGAAGUAGCAAUGAACUUGAGCUCUUUCAAGCCAAGGAGGAAGUCUUCAGCUCCUUCAAGUAUGAGAAACGCUCGAGGCAAUGCAUCCUGGACAGUUCAGAGUUCUUGGCGUGCUACGAGCUUCUGCUUAAAGAGGUGGUGUGUCCCAACUUGAAGACAAAGCUGAAGCAGGAUGGUCCUAUUGCUUUCUAUUGCCAAUUUCCUCCCACCCUACGCUUGCAGCCUGGACCCAGUGAGCGCCCUCGACGCCUUCACCGCGACGCAGAGUUUGGUCACCAGGCCAACACUUGGGCUUUCUCCAGCAUUCGCACCAACCACGCCAACUUGCGCUACGCCAACGCAGCUGGCGCUGGGUAUUCUGAACCCAGCGUGACAGAGAUGAACAGGCGUGAUGGUCCCACCAAAGCGGAGAUACUGAUGGGACGGCGACAACGUGGGUGCCUUUUCCGUGGGCAAAGCUGUGGCGUCACGCCAUUUGGUUUGGGGGUUGCGCUGUUUGCCUGCGUGGACUUCAUGGAAAAAGCGAUCGCCUAAGAGUUUGCGGCUGGCCACAAAGUCACGAUAUUCCAGUGAACACUGCGACUCCACGAUCAAGCAUUUCUUGUCCUCCGAGUUCAGCGAUGAAUUGCGUAGCAAGAUGUAGGCACGGAAUUCCUCCAUCCCAACCUUCAUUCCAAUCAACUCUUCAAGUUAAUGGUCAUGUCUGGCCAAGUAUGAUUCACGCAUCUCAUCUGGUCGCUGAGUUGCGCCAAAGAUUGCGCGAUCAAAACGGUCAAACUUGCCUUCCGGUCUUGAUUUCCCCCGAGCGCCGAGCGUUUUCACAAUGGCCAUCUCGCCUUUCAAGAUACUGACCUUCAAUACUUUGGGACCCAAUCCGGACACACGUUGAAAUGCUGAGCCUUCACACCGCAAAGCAAUCUUCAGCGGCUGUACAUGUUCUGUUGGCCAUAGUUGCGCCAAGGUUUCCACCUUUUUGGGCCACUCAGUCAAAUCAGCUUCACCCAGCUUAAAUCUGACUCCAAGGAAGAUGAUUUAGGCUCCCCACCACUAGCCAUCGUUUUCCUAAAGCUCCCAAGCUAUCCUCGGCCGCCCCUCCUCCUGCCAACACGCAGAGCUGUUCAAGCAGUGCGCACAGUGACCCACAAGCAGCACCACAUCUUGAGGAUGGGGAAGUCAAUUUCUGGAUGCCACUGACCAACUACGACCGCACCAAGACAACGCUUUGGGUUGAGUCAAAACCCAAUGCCAACGAUUUCCAUCCGCUGAGCUUGGAUGUUGGGAAGAUUGCCAUGUUCCAUGGCACAUUGGUGAGGCAUUAUGCUCCUCCAAAUUCCACAACCUUCCUGAGAGUGUCUAUGGACUUUCGAGUUGGAGUCGGAAGAUAUUUCGAUCCGGAUUGGAAAUUGGAAGGUUUGCAACACUAUCACGGUCGGCGCAAAAUCACUUUGUGAAAGACACGAUUGUCGAAGUCUUCAAGGAGUCCACUUGGCGAGUGUUCUGGUGCCCGCACUAAGCGUUCCACGAUUGCCGUACGCCUGAGAUCACGUUGCAAGUUCAAGAAUUGCUGGGCAACAUCGCGAGCGUGAAGGAUGACCACCGUGCAAGGUCUUCAAAUUCAUGUUCGAGUCUAGAGAACGCGGAGAGAGAGAGAGAGAGAAAGAAGGAAAGGCCCAGUGAGCUGGCAAAAGAUGCCAAUGACAUCCAAUGACAUUUUGUGGAGGAGAAAAGAGGCCUGCCAAGGGGCCCUAGCACCCUUGGCCGAAAUGUCCGGGUCACUGUCAAUCAUUGCAGGCCUGAAAUAAAGAGGCGUCAUGGAUUCUCAGUCAUCUUCAUUUGGAGUUUGACAUGCGAGAUUCAUGGAGAGAAUCUUGCAUAAAUUUUUGUUUGGUGUGGCUCAGAUUGUAGGGCAUGAAAAUGGCAGCACUUUUUGCACGAC